CCGGUUAGCUUGACGUCACUACAAUGACGAGGCGGACGUGCACUCAGUGGACUGUUGUACGUGAUGCUACGUGAGAUAGCAAGCUAAGCUAAACUGCAGGGGGAGACAAAAGCAGCACUAUCAGUCUUUACGGACUCUUGGAAGGAUUCCUCCAGGAUUCUCCGCAGGUCCGUCGUCACGGCCAGUUUGUUCUCUUGACAACGCCCUUAACCUUGGGAAAAAGAAAAAGAAAUCAAGAAUCCAGGUUGGGGGAGUAGGGAGGUCGCUCCAGCAGAGUGCCAUUCUUCUCAGUGAGUAACUGACGGAUGCUCAUUACAUUACUGGAGGCGAGCUCUCACAUGAAACAUGAAACGGUCUGCCCGAGGUCGAUCACAGGAGGAAAAUCCUGAAAAUGACCUCCACAAACUAAAGCUACAAUAUCGUCAAGCUGUAAAAGAUAAACAGGCUUAUGAUGAAAAAAUUCAAACCCUCCUCCUGAAAGACAGUAGAGAGAUCCAAAGACUCCAGACUGAACAUGAAGAACUAUUACACAUCCUCACAAUUGCUCAGAGUAGUUCCAACCAAAAAAAAGAAGUCAAUGCUGCUCAGGAUCUCAAUAACCUAUUGUCCAGCGAGGAGAGGAUAGAGGAGGAGCUCCUAGCAAAUAAAACCAAACUGGUGUCUUUUAAAAAACAGAUUUUAGAAUGGGAGAGGAAGCUUGUGGCACAGAGGGGGGGGAAUGCACCCCAUAACACAAAAUGUGAAGACAACUCCAUUAAGGAUAUCUUGUCAAAAGAGGACAAGCUGUACAAGGGUCACAUAUGUUUCAAUGAGCUGACGAUCAGGAAUGACCAAUUAAGGAAGGAACUGGAAAUUCUCGAGAUGGAGAAGAACGAGUUCUUGCAAAUUCAGCUUCAGCUGAAAAAGGAGCUGCAAGCUAUUCGCAAGGAAAUUUCUGACUUGAGUGCAAUGUGUACUAAAGCCAACAAUGCCAGCGUUGCAAUCCAGAUAAAGCAGAAAAAGCUGAAGGAACAGAGGGCUCAGUUCGAAGCUCAGUACACUCAAACGACCACCAAUUUAGAGCAUGAAAUUGCAACGCACUGCAACCUUGAGGCAAUGGUAAAUGUCAAGAACGCCGGUGACGAGGGCUGUGAUCACGACAAAGAGGACCUGAUGGGACAGCUGCAGAAGUUGACACAUCUGGAAGAUACUAUCAGGAAAAUCCUAAUAGAGACAGGAGAGAAUGAACUGAACACACUGGUAGCAAACUUCUUAGGAAUGGAGGAGGAGAACUAUUCUUUACUGAGCUAUGUCAACUAUCAGCAUUGGAAUGUCGAGGCCCUGAAACAGGAGAUCACUCAGCUUUACAAAGAGAGCGAGCUCUUUGUCACUGAGCAGAAACAGCAGGCUCAGGACCGACAAACCCUUCAGGCAGCCAUUUCCACCAAGCAAGAGACCAUUGAGGAGCAACUGUGCGGCUUCGAAAAGCGAAUUGACUUCCUUCAAAAUAUCAUCGAUCGUCUUAAAAAAGGUGUCCAAACGUUACUUGACAUCAGCUAUGAAGGUACUGACAUGUCCAGCACAUUAAGCACUUUUGACAGAGCCCUGGACGAGCACAUGACAGCGUGCUUGAAGCUGGUGGAAGAAAAAGUCAAUGGUCUCCUAAAUCUGCAGUCCAUCAUUGUCUUUCAGGAGAGCUUAACACAGUGUGACCUCGCUAGUGAUGGCUUUGGUUCCAUAGCAGAUCAACUGCGGGGGAAGGGGAACCCCCAAGGAGUCAACCUGUCUACAGCUUCAACCCCGCCACCUGAUGAGGACAAAGCCCGGAAAGGCAGUCGUUCUGGAAGCAAGGGCGCAAAUGAGAAGAUAGGUUCCCACAGCAGUCCAUAAGUGGGUGAGUACAUGAAAAAGAGCAGUGACAGGAAAACUUAUUCUAUUUUUGAAUGGGAUUGGUUACAGAUAUCACGAUUUCCCCAUUUUCUCCUCAGACUCAAAAAGGAACGAAGACAGAGAGACCAAGGGUCUGUGUUGUGCAUACUACAUGCACUAACAUUAACGAGCUGUUCUGCAUUGGCCAUUCAUGGUUGGAUGAUGGCAAAAAGUGGGCUGGUCCUGAUGUGAAGAUGUUUUCAUGUGGACUACUGCCGCUUUCCCGCAUGUCCACUUUUAAUGAGAAUACUAUGCAAUUUUUUUUUAACACCAGGCCCCUGAUGACCUGCUUCUCCAGAAUAGCACUACCUGCAAUGGCCAAUCAUAGAGGGAAAAAAAAACAAACAAAAAAAACAACAAAUGUGUGGACUGUGAAAAAGUCUGCCUCUGGGCUUCCAAUUUCUGGAUAACACAUUUACAUACAUUACAUCGUGAGGCUUGCAGUUAGUCUCAAUUUCUAGGAGAGUGGAAGUCUGUUGAACUAUUGAGACAAAGUUGAUGGUUAUAAAUACGUUUACAUGA